CUGCGUUGCCGGCCUUUGGCGAGAACAAGGUGCAGGACUUCGAAGGGCUGGGCGUGCGUGCGGGACGGCACCCUCCAGUCUUCUCCGUUUGCUGCCGCGUUUGAUUCGGAUUUGAAGAAAAGCAAAGCAAGCCCUCCCUGCUCACCCUUUCCCCUGCUACAAGCGUUGCUGCUCAUUCGCCUGUCACCUCUCCCUCUCGCUUUCUUUUUCUUCUUUUCCUUCUUUUUUUCCUCCUCCGCCUCCUUCUAUUUCAGACUUUGCCUGCCUUUCUAAGAAAAUGGUGCAGACAAGAGUGAGGAAGAGAGCGAAAUAACCUCCCACGGCCACCCCACUGGGAGACGGUGUCCUGGGGUUAAAAACCAAGCAGAGCGAGAGAGACCGAGAAAGCGCGCAAGGAGAAUUCGCCAUCCAAGCGGCGGGCUCCGCUCGCCAGGGGAAAAGGCGAGCCGGCGAGCCUUUCUUGCAGGAUCCGCAGGAUUACUCCGAGGGGAGCAAAGCGGAGGGAAGCCGAGGAAGGGGGAGGAGGAGGAGGAGAAGGAAGAAGCCGAGGGAGAGGUGGGGGGAGGCAAGCGAGUCCUGGACGGCGUCGCCCCUGCGGCAUGGAAGUCGCUGCCCUCCCGCCAGGCCAGAUCGCAGCUCCGCGGGCCCUGAGCAGACCUCCGCACCGGCCGUCUCCGCGCCCCUCCCCGGUGGCCACCCGUCCAGUAUGUUUCUUUUCAUGAGGCAUCAUCUCCCAGCGCCCAGAGCUUCAGGACAAUGUGCAAAUGGAGACUGACACGGAGUGCCUCCGCCUGCGCCCACCUGCCCUCCUCCUCCUCCCCGCGCUCCUCCGCCUCCUCCUCGCCCUCCGGCCGGGGCCGCUGCCGCUGCCGCUGCCUGCCCCUGCUGCUCCUCUUCGUCAUGUCGUCGCUGGCCGCCCCCCGCCAGGAGCACGGCCGGGACCUGCCGCUCCUGGAGGCCACCAACGCCUCCUCGGCCGCCGCCGCCGCCGCCGCCGCCUCCUCCUUUCCCGCCAGCGCGGGCAGACACGUGCGGAGCUACGAUCACCUCCGCGGAGACGUGCGCUGGAGGAAGCUCUAUUCCCACAACAAGUUCUUCCUCCAGAUCGGCCAGGACGGCAGCGUCAAAGGCACCAAGAAGGAUAACUGCCCGUACAGCAUAUUGGCAAUUACAUCUGUGGAAAUUGGAGUUGUGGCAGUCAAAUCCAUUAACAGCAACUAUUAUUUAGCCAUGAACAAAAAUGGAAAAGUCUACGGAUCCAGAGAGUUUAACAAUGACUGUAAACUGAAGGAGAGAAUAGAAGAAAAUGGAUACAAUACGUAUGCAUCAUCCUUUUGGAAAAGUAACGGAAGGCAAAUGUUUGUGGCCUUGAACGGAAGAGGAAACCCCAGGAAAGGAUACAAAACCAGGAGGAAAAACACCACAGCUCAUUUUCUCCCAAUUGUAGUCGAGCCUCAGAUGAAGGACCUGUUCUAUUGAUAGCAGUUGAACCAAAGAUCAUUUGUCAGGAAUACUUGGUAAUCCUCUUGAAGAGGAAGGGCAGAAACAGUGCAGACAUCUGCUUGAUUGAAAAGAGGGGGUAAGCCUUUGAAGGUUUUGUACUGUCUGCUGGCACAUGAAGUACUUCUAAUUAGUUCUGUGUCAUAUCUUAUAAUCAAGACACAAGAUGGAUCAAAUGAGAUGGGAGCGCUUUCCAGUGUGAACAAAUUAUUAUUAUUUUUAUAUUUUAUCUUGCUGGUAGAACUUAAAGGACAGGAGACAAUGUAUGGAAUGAUGUUCGGCGAAAGUUAUUUAUGGAAUACUAACUCAUAUCAAAGACCUUCAUUGCUCAUUCAAGCCUAAUGAUCCAAUGAACAGUUGGGCACGCAAACAUUUACUGGAAGCACAUGGAUCAUGUGCAGAAAUAAAGAAGAUUCUGGAAUGGUCUCAUGGAAGAAAUGAAUAGGAUUAAGAAAUAUAAGCACAUUAGAGUAAAACUGUUCUAACAAAAUAAAUAGUAUGAUUCCUACCCCCUUGUAUGCUAACGCCAUGCCUUUGUUUUUCUCCCUAAGUUAUUUAUUUAAUAGGAUGUUAAAUAUCUUUCUUCUCCAUUUUGUGUGUGUGUGGGGGGGCAUUUUUGUUUGAAGGAUUUUCUCAGAUGCUUCCUGUUUUGUAAUUAUUCUUUUAUUUUUCUCAGUAUUUUAUACAAGAUUGACCAAAUCAGAUGUUGAAGUCUCACACAGACAUCAAAAAGCAGAGAAUGCAUAAGGUUUAAAGAACAUAAGGCUGUGAUUUGUGUAAAAUCUUGUCCCCUCCCCCCCUUUCCCCCUCUUGAAACUGGGAUUCUUUUAAAAAAAUUUUUUGCACUUAAAAUCAAUAGGAUCAGAUAUGCAUGGGGAUUUCAACAUGAACUGUGACUUGCUUUAUCAGCAUUCUUGAUGGCCUUUCCCCACACACACAGGAAUAAACUUCCCAUGAUGCAUCAUCUGAAAAGUCUUGCUGCUGUUUUGAUAUGGACAGAGUUGAACUGAUACUCAAAUGUGUGGUCAUCUCCAGCUUAUUUCAGUUAAAUGCAACAAACCCAUGCUUCCAAGCGUAUCUUAUACUGGUGGGAUCAUAUUGUUUCAGAACAAAGCUGAAUUAAAUCUGCAGUGUUAACAUGAAUGCUCCACCACCACCUGCUAAGUAAGACCCAAAAGAACUAAAUGCUUCCAUUUUUCUGAUUCUGGUCAAAUAACUUCAAAUUAGCUAUGGCGUAUUUCAAUUUGUGUUGAAAACUGUAACCUUGACCUGAAAACCCUUUAGCUUUAAUUUGCAACAAUUUCAAGUGUUACAUAGGAGCUGAGGGAAUGAUUUCCCCAAACGUUGGCCUAUACAUCUUUCAAAUAAAUAAAUAAGAAUAAAAUUAUAUUCCACUGUCACAUCCAGACCUGGAACUUUUACAUUUCCACCUGGACAAAUGUAUGUGUUUCCUAUUGGGUCCAGCUUACAAGUCUCACUGUGGAGAACAUAAGUACAUCCCCACAAAGAACACACGUCUGGAUACACCCUAUAUAGUGUCCCUAUAUAGUGUUUGGGAAUUCCCUAAAGCUCUUCAUAGUAACAGCUCAGGCUGAAGUACAAGUACCAUUGUUGCUACAUGGCAGACUUGGCACUAGAUUGCACUACAACCCUACAGUUACAACUGAGAACAUUUGCAGAAGAUACUGGACUGGGCUAAGCAUCAGAUACAUGUAUUUCCCAUCGCACGAGCACAUUGAACAACAAACGCAUGCUUGCACCCGUCAGAGCUAAAGAUGUCUGGGGAGUGGUCAGCCGACAAAGUUUUGAUGCAAAAUGAGCAACACCUUCUAAAAACACCAGGGUUCUACUAGCUAAAGCAAGGGUUGUUUUUCUGCUAAAGCAGCACUAGCUGGAAGUCUUAGUUUUGCUUCUCAGACAGGAUAAAGCAAGAGUACUCUAUCUGCUUUAUACCUUUGGAAUGUUUUAUCUUUUCCCCUAUUUCACUGGAAAGGAUUUUUGUAAUUUAAAAAAAAAACACGAUAGCAAUAUAAUGUACACUACACAGAUGGGAGUUCUAUAAUCUGAUAAGAGACAGUGCCUGCUCCAUUUUGCUUAACUGAUUAUGCCUUAACAUGAAGGAAUGGCAAAGCUUAUUCUCAGCUGUUUCAGAAAUAAACAGAAUAGUGAAAUCACAUGUAGUUUAUAUAAACAGCAGAUCAUGUAAUAAAACUAUUCCUGGACAGUAGUAGGGAUGGGAAACAAGUUCAUUCAAUGUUUUCAAUUCAUUCAUACAGAAACCAAAAACUUGAUUAUCCUUUGAGAUUUUCACAUCUUUGCAAUCGACUUCUCCAGUCAAAGAAUAAAUCCAAACAUGUAUAUUAAAGUAAUGUACAUACUUAUCAGUGAAAAUAGCAAUCACAACACAUGAUAUCAAGAAAAAGUGUUCCUAUUAGGCAAAAUCACAUUUAAAAUACAUGUAUCAGGAAUAAAGCAGAGAAGUUUUCAUACAAAUUUCCACGCAAUUUUUAGACUUAUAUAUUUUUAAGUAUUUGAUCACACUGAACUUAAAACUCAAAAAUGGGACACUGAAAAUGCUUCUUCUGUGGAAUUCAGACUAUAUGUGAGCACUUGCCAGCAUUUAAAAAAAAAUUCUGUUUAGAAAAUUCUAAAUGCCAGGGAGACAGGUUCUGCCUACAAUCACCCCUCUUGGCUUUUAAUGCACAGGGGUUGUUUGCUUUUUUCCAUAGGAGAGUGUUCAGACAAGCAAUUUCCUAUCUAUGGUCUGAGGCAGAAGAGUCCGGAAACAGUUUUACAACAUGAUCUGCUGUCCGUGUAAAGUUAGGCAUGAGGCCCAGUAGAAACGAAACGAUGCCUUCUGUCUUCCUGAGAUGAAUGUUUUAUGACCCCCUCACAGGCAAGGUAGACACGCUCUGCCGUGCCGUCAUGGCUCACUCCAGCUCUAUCUAGAAUAAUCACACUGGAGGAACAGAUGUACUCUGAAGUCAGUGGCUUGAGGUUCACAGCCACUAUUACUCUUUUGUGUAUAUAACCUUCGAGAGCCAAUCUAAAAGCAACAUCUUUCUUCAUUUAUCACAGUAUAUACAAUGGCUCCAAAAUGCAAUAUUGGCACAUUUUAAAGAGAGCGCUCCUAUUUUCACAGCUUACACUGAAUAAAUGCAGUCUUAAGUUAAACAUACUAUCAACUUUGUUCAAUCUGAAGGAAGAAAACCUAUAUUGUUUUUGUUUUGCUUUUUUUCCUCUUUAACAUUAGAAAGCUGUGGAUAGUUCAUCAGUAUAACCAUAAUGAGAUUCAUUUUGUUAGCGCAAGUUAAGUAGAAAACUGUACAUCAAACCAACAUGUACCACUCUCUUCACAUUGUAUUCCACUAAAUAAAUAAAUAAAUGAGUAUGUC